AUGGCGACUUACAUCGAACCCCUCGCGCACCUCCUCUCCGGCAACCUAACUUACCGCACCGACACUACAGCCCUCGACCCCAACGCGUUCACGCUCCUCGCCCAAGGCCAAGCUCCCGAUAUCUUGUGGAUCGGCUGCGCAGACAGUCGCAUCCCGGAAACGACUGUAUGUCACUGCAAGCCCGGCGAAAUCUUUGUGCACCGCAACAUCGCGAAUACAGUGCAUCCAGAUGAUCUAUCGGCGGCGAGUGUAGUGGAGUACGCUGUUGUGCAUUUGAAAGUCAACAAAGUAGUUGUCUGUGGGCACACGAAAUGUGGAGGAGCGAAUGCGGCUUUGGGAGAUGACGAUCUGGGGUGUGUUUUGAACAAGUGGUUGGGGCCUGUUAGGGAACUCCGUCGCAAGAACAAAGUCGAGCUGGAGGGCCUUCCCAACGACGAUGCGAGGGCGGCGCGGGUUGCUGAGCUGAAUGUUCAGCAGUCGAUCGAGGUGCUGAAACAGCAUCCUGCCAUCAAGAGAGCGGUUGUUGAGCGUGGUUUGUCGCUGCAUGGGCUUAUUUAUGAUAUUGGUGCCGGACAGUUGAAGAUUCUGGAGGAGGUGGGUGGGAGGAAGAUGAAUGGGCAUUGA